AUGGUGACCUUUCAGAUCACAACGAAAAAGAAGACGACUGGUCAUGAGCGGGAGUUCAUUAAGAUCAGUAUUCCUCGCUUUAGUGGAGGGACAGCGCAAGGUUGGCUGCUCUUGAUUAAGCAAUUUGAGCACAUUUGUGAGUUGAAGAAGUGGACUUCGGAGGAGAAGGCUCUGCAUUUGAACAUAGUGCUGGACGAUGAAGCACUGAACUCUUUGAAGGUGGCUUCGGAAAGUGUCAAUGUUGACGACAAGAGUGAGUUCGAGACUGUUUAUAAGACGUGGGGAGCCCAGCAUGUACCAUGA